AUCAACAGUUCCAUCAAAUAUCCGGUCACGUGGCACAUCCCCGGCAACAAGGUGUUGACGAUGUCUCGAUAUCACUCCCAGACUGUAACGUGUAGCCAUCUGCCUGGCAAGUUUAUCCGCCAUGAUUUUACUAUAAUCUUUGGAAAGACCUUCACUAUAUCCAUCAAUCAACCUAUUGCGAGCCUCUUCAGCUAAACAUGUCGACCGUCACAGAAACAGCUGUCCAAAGCUCCCAGCCCCCCAUCCUCCCCAAAUCCUUCAAUGCGAAUCAACCGACUACCAUUAGGCUGUACCCUCUCAGCAACUACACUUUCGGCACGAAGGAGAACCAACCAGAAGAGGACCCCUCGGUCGUUGCUAGGCUCACUCGACUAGAAGAGCACUACAAGCACCAUGGCAUGCGACGAACCUGUGAAGGGAUUCUGGUGUGCCACGAGCACAACCAUCCGCAUAUCCUGAUGUUGCAGAUUGCCAACGCAUUCUUCAAACUGCCUGGCGACUAUCUUCGGCCCGAAGAUGACGAGGUCGAAGGGUUCAAGGCCCGCUUGAAUGAGCGAUUGGCUCCGGUCGGAAGUCAAUUCUCCGGCGAGGGUGUGAACGAUGAAUGGCAGAUUGGCGAUACGCUGGCGCAGUGGUAUCGACCGAACUUCGAGACGUUCAUGUACCCAUUCAUCCCGGCGCAUGUUACGCGGCCAAAGGAGUGCAAGAAGCUGUACUUCAUCCAACUCCCUCGGAGCAAGGUCCUCAGCGUUCCGAAGAACAUGAAGCUCCUUGCCGUUCCUCUAUUCGAACUGUACGACAAUACCGCGAGGUACGGUCCGCAACUGUCUGCAAUCCCCCAUCUGCUAUCGCGAUACAAUUUCGAGUUCGUGGAUGAAGCUGGAAAUCCCACGUCCGUGACGCCUGGGGGUGGACCGUAUCAAGGCGAGGCUCCCCAGACCAAGGUGCUAGCGGGCGACAUAGCUGUCGAGGACGGGACAAAUGGAACUUCGUGAUUUCAAAGGCAAAGGGUAAUAGAUGGUGUUGCACAUGGCGUUUACUGGGCACCGGCGAAACAAUAGUAAGUCGAGCGAGCAGGAUCAUGCCGCCUCCACAUCGGGUACUUCCUGGCGUCUCCUCUUUCAUUCUCCCACACCUUUCCCGCAAACUGGAUAGUCCCGCUGGGUGACACUGGGAGAAAACCGUCGUUGGGAUAGCAGAUAAAAGUCACUUUUCAGAUAGGGAAAGAUAUGAAAUCGGGCUUAGACAUCACGCAUUGAUUCCUGUACGUUGCCAAUUCAAUUUGAUGCCAAGAUCCCUC